CUCGUGAGGCACACUUGUGAACGACAAAUCGUACGUGGCUAUCUGAUCGAAAACGUAGUUACUGUCACGCGCGUGCACGAACUCGUGUGUUCGAAUUCACAACGGAACGUAUUGCGUAGAGAGAACCGGAUUCCUAACAAUUCCUCGAAUAUUGUGCUCUUUUUCUAUCUUAUUUUCUCCCUGGAUCGUGUACCAAAAAAGUCUUAAACACGAAGCUUCUAGAGGAUCAUAGUUCGGGGUGCAACGAGGGGAGGGCAAUGAAAACGUCGUUAUCCUCCAGUGACAUGAUUAAACAGGAGAUUAGAGAAAUCUGUAAAGACAUGAUCCUCUCAGAUGACAAACUUCGACAGCUUAUGGACACUUUGAACGAUCAAUUACAUAAAGGUCUAGCUAAGGAAACGCAUCCAACUGCGACAACGAAAUGUUUUCCAACUUACGUUCAAGAUCUUCCCCAAGGCACAGAGAAGGGUAACUUUUUGGCCCUGGAUCUUGGCGGGACGAAUUUCAGAGUGUUAUUGAUCACUCUGGAUAAUCAGAAUUUCGACAUGAAGAGUAAAAUCUAUGUUAUACCACAAAGUUUGAUGGUGGGAACCGGUAUACAACUCUUCGACCACAUAGCUCAAUGUUUGGCCAUGUUCGUCAAGGACUUGAAUCUUCAGCAUGAAGUUCUACCUCUUGGGUUUACUUUUAGCUUCCCAUUGAUACAGCAUGGGCUAACCAAAGGCUAUUUGGUUAGGUGGACGAAGGGAUUCAAAUGUGAUGAUAUAAUAGGUCAAGAUGUAGUUGAGUUACUUGAACAGGCGAUUAAGAGAAGAGAUGAUGUGAAAAUCCAGAUAUGCGCCAUUUUAAAUGACACUACUGGUACUUUGAUGUCAUGCGCUUGGAAAAACAAGAAUUGCCGUAUUGGAUUAAUUGUCGGAACUGGUACCAAUGCUUGCUAUGUAGAAAAGUUAGAAAACAUAGAAACCGUGUAUCCAGAAAACGUAUUACCAGGAAAACCUAAAAUGCUGAUCAAUAUUGAAUGGGGUGCCUUCGGUGAGGGUACACUUCUUGAUUUUAUAUCAACGGAUAUUGAUCGUGAUGUCGACCAGAAUUCGAUUAAUCCGGAGAAACAAGUGUUCGAGAAAAUGAUCUCUGGCAUGUAUAUGGGAGAAUUGGUAAGGUUGCUCAUUGAGAAAGCGAUAAACGCUGGACUAUUGUUUACUGGAAAACCUAUCAACGAGCUCAAAAAACGUGGAAGAUUCUACGCGAAAUACGUUUCAGAAAUUGAAAAUGAUCCUAAUGGGAAAUAUACAAAUUGUCGUGAAGUAUUGGCAGAAUUAGGACUGCGAAAUGUUACUGAUCAAGACUGCGAGAAUGUUAAGUACAUUUGCUCUGUUGUAUCAAGGAGAGCAGCUCACUUGGCCAGUGCUGGAAUCGCUACAUUGUUGAAUAAAAUGGGCGAAGAUAAUGUUGUUGUUGGAAUUGAUGGUUCGGUAUAUAGAUAUCAUCCACACUUUCACAAUCUUAUGACCGAGAAGAUAGGCCAAUUACAGAGUCACAAGUUCGAAUUAAUGCUCUCCGAGGAUGGUAGUGGUCGUGGAGCGGCGCUGGUCGCCGCAGUGGCUGCUGGGAAUCGAAGAUGAAGAUAACGGUUGUGCCACAUCUCCUUAGUUUAGAUUAAAUUAAGUUAUAUGCAGUAACGAUACAAAUUUGACACACUAUUAAUAUAAUAACAUACACAAAAAAUAUAUGAAGUCAUGCGUAUGUGCCGAAGAAGAAGUUAAAGAAAACUAGUUAUUAAACUAAAGAAAAAGAUAGGCAAAUAAACGAACGAGUGAAAUUCUGUCUAUUAAAAAGAAUGAAAUGAAAAAUGCAUGAAUGUUAAGAGUGAAGUAAAAAAGUGUAUCUGUGUGUGUGUGUGUGUGUGUGUGUAUAUG